GUUUACGGUGCAGUCAUCACAAGACUCUCUUUUACCCCUAUCUAAAAGCCAAAAAAGAGACAACGAGUUCCGCUCUAUCUUCUCAGACUCGGAACAAAAACCAGCUUGUGGGUGGUUAGCAAGUAGCAGUAGCAUCGGCAUCAACUAGAAGUCAUCUAUGGUUUGUGCGAUCCCUUGGCAGAGAAGGUUGUGUAACUCAUUCGAGCCAUGGGUUGCUGCCCAUCUUCACUUCUGACCGAGACUCACCCAGAAAAGCAGCAAAAUCAACAACCCCCUUACCAUGUUCACACUCACAACCACAUCCAUACCCAACCACACCCGCCACCUUCUCUGACCGCCGACCCAUCCGCCGCCGGCGUUCCUUCUUUCUCCGAGUUCUCUUUCGCCGACCUCAAAGCAGCCACCAAUAAUUUUAGCUCCGAAUUUAUUGUGUCUGAGAGUGGAGAGAAGGCACCUAACCUUGUAUAUAAAGGUCGCCUCCCCAACCGCCGCUGGAUUGCCGUCAAGAAGUUCACCAAGGCUGCAUGGCCCGAUCCCAAGCAAUUUGUGGAAGAGGCGUCAGGUGUUGGAAAAUUGCGACAUCGCAGGCUUGCUAAUUUGAUUGGCUACUGCUGUGAUGGAGAUGAGAGACUACUUGUUGCAGAAUACAUGCCCAAUGACACUCUCGCUAAGCAUCUUUUCCACUGGGAAAAUCAGACCAUUGAGUGGGCCAUGCGCUUAAGAGUGGGUCUUUCCAUUGCAGAAACUUUAAAUUACUGUAGUUCCGAGGGUCGCCCAUUAUACCAUGAUUUGAAUGCUUAUAGGGUUCUAUUUGAUGAGGAAGGUGAUCCUCGUCUAUCAUGCUUUGGUUUGAUGAAGAACAGUAGGGAUGGAAAAAGUUAUAGCACGAAUCUUGCUUACACACCUCCUGAGUACUUAAGAAAUGGAAGGGUCACUCCUGAAAGUGUCAUUUACAGCUUUGGUACUGUUCUCCUAGACUUGCUAAGUGGAAAACACAUCCCUCCAAGUCAUUUGCAGGCACUUGACAUGAUACAGGGGAAAGCCAACAUGCUUCUCAUGGAUUCACAUUUAGAGGGAAAGUUCUCUAAAGAAGAGGCAGCAGUAGUUGUCAAUCUGGCCUCUAAAUGUUUGCAAUAUGAGCCGAGGGAGCGGCCUGAUACAAAGGAAUUAGUCACAACACUUGCUCCAUUGCAAACAAAACCUGAUGUACCUUCUUAUAUUCUGCUUGGAAUUCCAAAGCAUGAGGAAGCUCCAUCAACCCCACAACGCCCUCUUUCAGCCAUGGGUGAGGCUUGUUCAAGGAUGGACCUCACUGCAAUACAUCAGAUCUUGGUUGCAACACACUACAGAGAUGAUGAAGGGACUAAUGAGUUGUCUUUCCAAGAAUGGACCCAACAGAUGAGGGAUAUGUUGGAAGCAAGGAAGCGUGGAGACUAUGCAUUCCGUGACAAAGAUUUCAAGACAGCAAUUGAAAAUUAUUCACAGUUUAUUGAUGUUGGAACAAUGGUGUCACCAACGGUUUUUGCUCGGCGCAGUCUAUGCUACCUGUUAUGCGAUCAACCAGAUCCUGCGCUGAGAGAUGCAAUGCAAGCGCAAUGUGUUUAUCCAGACUGGCCUGUAGCAUUCUACAUGCAAUCAGUUGCUCUAGCGAAGCUGGACAUGCAAAAGGACGCUGCUGAUAUGUUGAAUGAGGCUGCUGCUUUGGAAGAAAAGAGGCAAAGAGGAGGCAGAGGCGCAUAGUACUGAUCACUUGCAAUUUGCUAUACGUAAUUGAGGUUGCAAAAGUCUGUAUAAAAGCUGAGCUACCCAAUUUAAAUAUUGACUCUACUUGAAUUCAACGUGUGUCUGCUCAGAUAGCACACGUACUUUUGGUUCAUUGACCAGCUCAUAGGAAUUAACUGUUCAUACGCACGCUAAACGGGGAAGGGAAUCUUGGUGAUUUUUCUAUA